UCAAUACUUACCAGAAGCUCCCAAAAGCGCCAUCCGAAAAUGGCCAGCUUAUAAACAGCACUUUCAUAUACUAUUGAUCCGAGGUGAACCAGAGAGAAAAUGGGGGUGUCGUUGAAGAUGAACAUUUUCUUGGAGCUGGCGGGGUUUUUGCUUCUGAGUAAAAUACUCCAUUGCAUGGCCCAAGGCAACGUCCAUUACCACGACUUCGUUGUCAAGGAAAGCAAUUUCACAAAGCUAUGCGCUACAAAGAGCACAUUGACGGUAAAUGACAGUUUUCCGGGACCGACGAUUCGCGCCCACAAAGGAGACACUCUGUAUGUGAAUGUAUACAAUCAAGGAACAUAUGGCGUCACCAUUCACUGGCAUGGAGUGAAGCAACCAAGAAAUUCAUGGUUUGAUGGACCGGAGUACAUCACUCAGUGCCCCAUCCCAGCCGGAACAAACUUCACUUACCAAGUCUUACUUAGUGAAGAAGAAGGAACUUUAUUCUGGCACGCCCACAGCGACUGGACAAGAGCCACCGUCCAUGGCGCCUUCAUCAUCUUGCCUGCAGAGGGAACAACUUAUCCAUUUCCCAAGCCUGACGAAGAACAAGUUUUAGUUUUUGCUUCCUGGUACAAAGAAGAUGUGAUGGAGUUAAUGGACGAGGCCCUCCGUGAAGGUGGAUUGACGGUAUUGUCAGAUUCCUAUGCCAUCAACGGCCAACCCGGGGAUUUUUAUCCGUGCUCCAAAGAUACAACAUUUCGUAUGUCGGUUGAUUAUGGCAAGACAUAUCUACUUCGCAUAGUGAACUCUGUACAGAACACAGACAUGUUCUUCGCCAUUGCCGACCACAAUCUCACGGUUGUUGGAUGGGACGGUUCCUACAUCAAACCCUUACAUGUAACUUACAUAAUGAUAACCCCAGGACAGACAAUGGAUGUUUUGGUCACAGCAAAUCAAGCUCUUAGCCACUAUUACAUGCUCGCCAGCCCCUAUUUUGAUGGACAGGCAGAUGACUUUGACAAGAGCAUCACAAGCGCAAUAUUCCAGUACACCGGCGACUACACUCCCCCAUCGUCACCGGUGUAUCCAACCAACAUCCCUGGUUUUUAUGACGUUGGUGCCGCAUCGGCGUACACAACAAGUUUAAGGAGCUUGGCAUCCCCUGAGCAUCCUGUAGACGUCCCUCAGGAUGUCUCCACCAGAAUGUUUAUAACAGUUUCCAUAAACAUGAUGCAUUGCCCCAAUGACUCGUGCGCAGGGCCUGAUGGGAAUAGGCUUGCUUCCGGCUUAAACAACAUCAGUUUUGCAAACCCUUCUUUGGAUAUAUUGCAAGCUUAUUACAGGAACAUAAGCGGAUAUUUCGAGGAAAAUUUUCCAAACAAACCACCAAAAUUGUUCAAUUUUACCUCAGAUGAUUUGCUAACGGACAAUGUUACCCUAUCAGACCAGGGGACGAGGGUGAAGGUGCUAGAUUAUAACCAAACCGUGGAAAUAACGUUUCAGGGGACUAAUAUCAUGAAUUCAGGAGAAAAUCAUCCAAUUCAUUUGCAUGGGUUUAGAUUUUAUGUGGUUGGAACAGGAAUUGGAAACUUCGACAAUGUGACUGACCCAUUAACUUAUAAUUUGGUUGAUCCACCUGAAGCUAAUACUGUUCCAGUUCCUAAGGAUGGAUGGGCUACCAUCAGAUUCAGAGCUGACAAUCCAGGGGUUUGGUACAUGCAUUGUCAUUUUGACCGGCACAUGAGUUGGGGGAUGGACACAGUUUUCAUAGUAAGGAAUGGCGGCACCGAAGAGACGAAUCUCCGCCCUCCUCCAGCUUACAUGCCUCCUUGUGGAGAUGAUUUACUGUCUGGGCUUCAACAGUCAAUGUUCCAGAAAAAAGAGUAAUGAAGGAAUUAAAUUUUGAUAGUAAUACCAGUAAGGAGGUGCUAUCUGCUCUUAGUUAUGCUUAAUUAGGACUUAAUUAGUUUAAGGUUGACAGACAGUUUCUUGGUUUUAAGACCAGUACUAUGAAAGGAAAACGCUACUAGUGUUUCCUUCGUAUAUAUUGAUUGAAAGACCAAAGAAUACAGUUUGCAGUACUUUUCGUAUGGCCAUACAAACCAGCGUCAAUCAUUUAUAAAGCGUUGAAGCUGUGAAUAAAUUCAAUCUCAACUGUAGAUCUUUACGAAAAGGGAAUAAAUUAACAGAUAUCAUAAUUAGACGAGAAAA